AUGGAGGGCGCAGGAUUCGCAGAAGAGGUCGACCUCUACGAGCUUCUCUCCAUCGAAAAGACGGCCUCGGGCGACGAGAUAAAGAAGGCAUACCGCAAGGCGGCCUUGAAGUACCAUCCCGACAAGGUUCCCGAAGAGCAACGCGCCGAGUCGGAAAUCAAGUUCAAGGAGGUCACGCAAGCCUACGACAUCCUCGGCGACGAUGACAAACGCCACCUCUACGACACCCACGGCAUGGCCGCCUUUGACAAGUCCCGCGGCGGGCCCGGCGCAGGCGGCGAGGAGGUGGACCUGAACGAUAUCCUGUCGCAAAUGUUCGGCUUCAACAUGGGUGCUGGCGGCCCUGGUGGCAUGCCCGGUGGCGGUGGUCCUAGGAGGCCACGCAAGGGGCCCAACGAGGAGCAGGAGUACAAGGUCACGCUCGAGGAGCUCUAUCGGGGCAAGACGGUCAAGUUCGCUGCCAACAAGCAGAUUCUGUGCGGAUCUUGCAAGGGCUCUGGAGGCCGGGAGAAGGCCAAGUCGGCGACCUGCGAUCGUUGCAAGGGCCAGGGCAUGCAGGAUGCGAUCCGCCAGAUCGGCCCCGGCAUGAUGCGCCGAGAGACCGUCCUCUGCGACCACUGCGCGGGAUCGGGCCAGGUCUACAAGGAGAAGGACAGGUGCAAAAAGUGCAAGGGCAAGCGCACGGUGCAGGAGAAGAAGGCGCUCGAGAUCUACAUUCCACGCGGCUCGAUGCACGGCGAGCGCAUUGUGCUCGAGGGCGAGGCUGACCAGAACCCGGAUCAGAUCCCGGGAGACAUCAUCUUCACCUUGGUGGAGGAACCACACGAUGACUUCACCCGCCUCGGCUACGACUUGUCGGCGGAGCUCAAGAUUACCCUCGGCGAGGCGCUCGGCGGGUUCUCACGAACAGUGCUGAAGCAUCUCGAUGGCCGUGGUAUCGCGCUGGAGCGCCCGAGAGGGUCCAUCUUGAGGCCAGGUGACUGCCUCAAGAUCGAAGGCGAAGGUAUGCCCAUGAAGAAGGGCGAUGCCAAGGGUGACCUGUAUCUCCUUGUGGACAUUGAGUUCCCCGAGGACGGCUGGCUCAAGGAGGACAAGGAGUACGACUCGUUACAGAAGAUGCUGCCGCCGCCAAAUCCCCCCAUAGAGGCAAAAGAGGUGGAUGAGGUGGAGUACGAGGAAGACGCAGACAUUGAGCAGAUGGGGGCCAACUCAGGCGACCCGCGCUUUGCGACCGAGUGGGAGGACGAGGAUGACAUGGAUGAUGGUCAGGCGCAAUGCCAGACACAGUAG